AUGCCUUUAGCUCAUAAUUUAAAUAAGGUAACAAAGAACUUGUCCAAAUCCACUGGGCAAAUGCAUAUAAAAGGACGAAAGUUCAAGCAGUUAAACCGAGCAACCUUGAGAGAUAAAAAGAUCAAUGAAAGGAAACUCAAGACUUUGCAACAGAAGGAAAACGAAUUAGCCAUAGUAUUUUUCUUACAAAAGUUGAUUAAUGAUGACGAUGACUUCAAAGUCCAAGAAACCUUUUCCUUGGAAGAAAUCAAAGAAUUUAUUGAAUUGUUCAUUGGUAGAUUUGAUGAUGAAUUGGAAGAAUUACGAGCCGCCAGAAGACCAGGAAGACCAGCAACUUCAAGACAACAAAUAUUAGAAGAAAAAGUCAAGCAUGAUAGACAAGUGUAUGCUACUGGUGUCAAAGUACCAGAUUUAGCCGAUAAAGAAACAGUACAAAGAUUGCGAUUAUGGAAUGGAACCACUGGGGGAGCUACUAUUAUGAAAUUCGUACAUGUUUCUAAAGAUAUGACUGAAUUUGCAACUGCUGAAGUUGAAAUGAAAUAG